AUGGACACCGCCAUGUCAGCAUUGGAUCCACCUCCUCCACCUCCUCCACCACAACCGACCAUGCCUGAAAAACGGUCAUCCCAAGUCUUACGCGAGUUGGAUGAUCUGUUGGCCAAGCUCGACAAGGAAACCAAAAUGAAGCUCGGUGUGGAGAACAUGCUGGAAGUCUACAUGCAGGACAAGAAACGUACAAAGGACCUCGAGACCCAGUUGGAUACCUAUAACACAGCUAUUGGUGACACUGUUCAACGUAUUGAAUCGAUUCGUACCAACGCAGGUCCCUAUACAGCACAAGUGGCUCAACGACUCAAGGAAUUGAAUUAUGCUGGAAACGCCCUUUUCAUCAACUCCAUUGCAUCAUCCGCCCAGCAACGUUCUCGCACAAAGCCAAGAUCCAAUAGCUCGCCUAAUAUCAAAGCAAAGCAAAAAGCAUCUCAAGAAAAUACGUCGUUUCCAGAUGAUGAUGCUUGGCCUAUUGGGAAACGGUUACAUCAUAUCAUCACCCAGCUAAGGAUCGACGAAUGGAAAGCAGCAAAGCCUGGCACCUCGGCAGAUGCACUCGUCAUUAAGGAAUCAAAGCUGAGCAAGUUGGAUAUUCUGCUAAGGAUCCUGAAAAACACAGCAGACAUUGAUCCCCAUUAUCCAAAACAAAAUAUAAUGGCAUGUUUACGCCAAUGCAUCGCAAGCCCCAGUCGAGAAAUCCGUGUCAUGAGCUUACGUACCAUACGUCACUUGGUGGAAGGGCCUGAGGAUGUUGAAUUGAUGAUGAAGAUGCAAAUGGAUAUUUUUAUAGCUCGUGCUCUCUCACGAGAUUCCACCAAUAAUGAACCAGAACGAGAACAAGCGCUCAAACUCGUACGAGCAUUUAUCGACUAUGAAGGAUUACAAUACAUCAACCAGAAUGUGGUACGAGCAGUGGUUGCUAUUGCAGAGCAAACGGAUUGCCGCUUAAGAAAUGUAUCAUUGGAAACUUUGGCAGAACUUGCUAUCUUGGAUAUUGGUUUAACAGUACGCUCGGGUGGAUUACGAGUCCUUAUGCAAGCGUUAUUGGAUGGGCAAUUGAAUAUGACGGAGGUCCUCGUCAAUGCAUUGGUAUACAUCCUUGAUACGCCUGGCAGACGAUGCUUUUUGCGACCUGGUGUGGAACUUGAGAUCAUCAUUGCACCUUUUACGGAGACUGGCAAAGGACCAAACUAUGAAGAGCGGCUCAAGAACAGUGCACGUGUGGUCACCUUGCUUCUCAAGAGUUGGGCAGGCGCAUUUUUAAUGUGUGCCAAUAACAUGCGUGCUGCAAGAUCUGUUGUUCAAUCUCUACGAUUUCCUAUGCCAGAAACUCAGAAAAUCGUGCUGGACAUGUUUUUCAAUGUAUUCCGAGUGGAUUUACCCAAAGAUUAUCAAAACUUUUUAUCGGGUCGACAACAUGCAGUUCAUCUAGCACCCUCCAAUGGCAAUGAUGCCGACAAAGCAACAAUGCCACGAGGAGCACCACGAUCAGUAUUGACGGGAGGAAAUGAUAUCAUCAAAGGACUUGGAACAGGAGAAGCAUACUCAUCAUCAGAAGGAAAGCCAGGCGACAAAACGGCAGCCAACAAUGCUGAACGACUCAACAUGCUUGAUCAUCACCUAUGCAUCAUUCUCAUUAUAUUUAUCGAUGCGGAUAUCCUUAUGGCGUUAGUGGAUAUGGUCAAAUCGGAUGACAUUUAUAUUGCUCGAAAGGCCACACUCUUGAUUGGCGAGAUCCUACAACUAUCAACACGCUUGUUACCAAUCAUGAUGGGAAUUCAGGUUCAAUCUUUGCCAAAGCUAUUCGCCCUCGCAUCCAAUUUCGAAGAUGAGCAAGUCCGACACAAUGCCACAGCAGCUUUAGCUCAUAUUGAUCGGCUGACACGUGCACGGACUCGAUUGUAUGCAGCACCUUCUGUUGCUGAUUUACGGAGCAAAGAGGAACGCCUUGUCAAUGCAGCUCGAUCACAAGGAAAGGUGCUUGAAGUGAAGCUAAAGAUUGGAUAUACAAUUGAUGAUACGCACUUUCGACAAUUGUUGAUGGACAGCCAAGUAUUCAAUACCAAAGACUAUACCAAGUGGAGCUGGGAAAGUAUCUCGGAGCUGUUCCAGGGUCCUUUAUUGAAUCCACGGCGACUUGAAGAAGCCAUGCAUGGCAAAAAGUUUAUCAAGCGAUUGCUUUCAUUUUAUCGUCCUUUCGAACAUCGAUUCUCGGAUAUCAAUUGCAGCAAGGCGAACAUUGCUCGUUACUUGAAGAUCGGCUGCUUGCUUAUGCAGACAUUGUUAAGCAAUCCUGAUGGUGUACGUUAUCUUGCAGAAAACAAGCUACUGCUUCAAAUUGCGGAUGCAUUAAGCGAGCUUGAUCCAUUGAAAGGAGAUCCAGAAACCGAGCCCAUCUUUUCCAAAGAACGCAUGGAGAAUACGCUUAGCUGCGGCUACUUUACAUUGCUCGGUGUCCUUAGCAAACACAAGGAAGGCGUACGGCUUAUGGAACGAUUCAAGAUUUUCAGCUUGUUUUAUCAAUUAUCAGAAUUACGCAAUCGAGACGAUCUCAAAAUUGCCAUCAUCACCAACAUGGGCUAUUCACUCGAUGGUCACCCACGUGUAUUAUUAUCCAAAAUUAUGACCUCAGGCUAUAACCCGAUCCGUUUGUUUGCAACACAACACCUUGGGGUCAUCAUGCGUCGAUCUGAAAACGAGUAUAAUGGAUGGAUCAUUCGAUUAUUGAUGACACAGCUUUAUGACACACACUUGGACGUAUGCCAAAUGGCAGUCAACCUACUCGAUGAAGCAUGUGAAAAGCAAGCCAACCUGGAGCUCUUGGUCAAGUACCGACCCAGCCUUGGCCAUUUGGGUGAAAUUGGUAAUCCAUUGUUGUUAAGGUUCUUGUCGACGUCGACUGGUUUCCGAUACUUGUAUGCCCUCGGUUAUGUACAAAAAGAAAUGGAUGAUUGGUUUGAGUAUCGAAAUCAGCAAUAUGUCACUCAGCUGGAGCUGUCGCUGGCGAGAGCACUAGUCAAUACACCUGGGAAGAAACAACGCAAUCCUUUUGAAGAACGAAUCGAUAGUGAAAAUAAUUAUGAGAAUCUCCAAGCAGGAGAUGGAUUGACACCACCCCAUUUCUAUGGAGAGCUUACAAAGACCGAGGAAGGAUGCGCACUUUUACGUGACAAGGGUCAUUUCCAGUACUUUGUCGAUUACAUCCGCAAUUAUUCUCUUGAGAACCAAAACGUGGAAGUAUUUCAGCAAUUGAAAGCAGUGCUCUGGGCGGUUGGCAACAUUGGCUCCACCAAGAAUGGGUUGCCGUUUUUGGAAGAAGAGGACAUCAUCAAGGACAUUGUAAUGAUUGCUGAAAAUAGUGAAGUCCUCUCUCUCAAGGGCACGUGUUUUUAUGUUCUUGGUCUGAUUGCUAAGACACAACAAGGUGUAGAAAUACUUAGCGAGCUCAAUUGGGAAGGUGUCAUAUCUCCUAACGGUGCCCCUGAGGGUCUAUGUGUUCCACAAAAUCUUGCUCUUUUCCUUGCUAUCCCCAAUUGGGAAUAUACCCCUACACUUUCAGAUCCACCUGUUUUACCAAUCUCAAUCACCGACGAUCCCAUUAUUUCAGAUAUCCUCAAGAAUAUUGGUGACAUGAGUAAUCACAUUCUUGCUAAUGAAGCAUCGAAAAGUCUUGCAAGAUUACGACAGCGCCAUCCCGACUAUUUCAAACGCACCGAUUUGUUUUAUUGUGUAUGUCAAUAUUUGGGCAGUUACCAUUUCCGAGCACCCGUGCGAAAGUAUAUUCUCGAGAUCUUUGAUAUGCGAUUCACGACCGAGUUGCUAGAGGAGUUGGAUAACGUGGCGCAAAGACCUGCUACAACCAGCCAUAGUGACGACGACGAUGAAACUCAAAGCGAGGCACCUCCAUCACCUGACGACGACGACCGGCCUGAAAGGGAGCUGGAACCCGACAAGAAGGCUGUGCCCCAAGAAACAUUAGAACCCAAGUGUAAAAAAGUAGGCUUUGAUGUACCAAGUUGA